AUGGCGGACAUGCUAGUUUUAGGUUUGUGUUGCGUGAUUUUCGUAGCCGUGUGCACUGGCAGAGAACUUUCAACUACCUCCGUGGCAUACGUAUCCUAUGACAGUAAUGGUCACAAAUACUCAAUUACCGGCAAAACCGAGCCGGGCAAUUUUGUUGCUAAAGGUGUUUUUCGUAAUGAAGUGAACACUACAGGAUGGUCUUUCCUGGAAGUGACAACAUCAGAAGGAUACAGUGAUGAGGUUCAGGCAUACGCAGCUGGUUUGGUGGAAGGCUAUCUUACUGCUAACUUUAUUCAGAUGCAGUGGUUCAACACAAUAGAAGGUUACUGUGAGAAACCCUACACAGCUUACUGUACACGUCUGCAAUCCUACCUUCAACAAAAUCUUGACUGGAUGAACGAGAUGAUAACGAAAUCCACAUCUGAUCCAUACUGGAAACAGGUGAAGCUCUAUUUGUUACAAGUGAGUGGGCUAUCCAGUGGUUAUUUUUACCCACAGGAACAUGUGAUCGGUCAGCCUACAACUAACCUUGACCCCAUGGGAAUAUAUUUUAUGCAGGUUGGUGGUGACCUAGAAGACCUUGAGGAAGCACUCCACAAGCCUACAAAAUCUCGUGUUUUGGGAUCAGGUUCAUGCUCUGCCCUUGUCAAACUACUCCCUGGAGCCAAGGACCUUUUUGUGAGCCACGAUACCUGGAGCAGCUAUAUGAGCAUGUUGAGAGUCCUCAAGAAAUAUGACAUUCCUUUCCAUGACUCUCAAGGGAAAAUUUUGCUUGGGCGAACAAUGAGUUUUUCCUCAUACCCUGGUUCAGUUAUGUCUGGGGAUGACUACUACCUCCUUAGUUCUGGUCUGGUUAGCAUGGAAACUACGAUCGGUAACUCCAAUGACAAGCUCUGGUCCUUCAUCCAGCCAACAUACAGCGUUCCUGAGGGGAUAAGGUCGAUGGUAGCCAAUCGUUUGGCCAGUACAGGGAAGGAUUGGGCAGAAAUCUUCAGUCAUCUCAACAGUGGCACGUACAAUAAUGAGUGGAUGAUCGUGGACUACAAACAGUUUGUACCAGGAGGGGCAGACAUGACAGGUGUCCUUUAUGUUCUGGAACAGAUUCCUGGACUUGUCGAGUACAACGACAUGACUUCACUUCUUACAAAACAGGCUUACUGGCCAAGUUACAACGUACCGUACUUUGAUGAAGUCUUCAACAGAAGUGGGAUGCCAGCCAUGGUUGAGAAGUUUGGCGAUUGGUUUACGUGGGACAAGACACCGCGAGCUCUCAUCUUUGGCCGUGAUCAUCAUAAAGUGGUGGACCUGGAUUCCAUGAUCAAACUGAUGAGAUAUAAUGACUUCACUCAUGACCCAUUGUCACGGUGUAACUGUACACCACCCUACAGUGCUGAGAACGCAAUAUCUGCUCGUUGUGACCUCAAUCCAGCAAGUGGCAGUUAUCCUAUCAGUGCUCUAGGUCAUAGGUCACAUGGAGGCACAGACAUGAAGGUGACGAGUGCUUCGCUAUUCCAGGCCCACACAUUUGUGGCAGUUAGUGGACCAACAUGGGACCAACAGUCUCCAUUUCAGUGGAGUAAGGCAGACUUUGCCAGUGGAUGUCCUCAUGUUGGUCACCCUGACCUCUUCAACUUUGACCCGAUCCAGUUUGAUGGCACAGUUAACUACAAGCCUUAUCAUUAAUGGUGUCUUCAGGAAACCAAGCGUUCAGCCUGUACCAGAUCAUCCUUAUUGCAGUAAGAACAACAAUAUUUGGUGAACAGGACUUGCAACGGUGUGAACACUAACUGUGAUGAGAUGUGUGAUAGCAACUUUUCAAUAAUAUUCCAUCAAAUAUUGACAUUUCUUUAAAUGUUUUUUUUUAUCUGUUAAACAGAACAUGUUUGAUUGUACAAGACUUACCCUCUUGAGAUUAUAACAGUUGAUUUGAUGUUAAAACAUUUCUGUGGAUGAGUGUGACAUGCGUUUUGUGUUAUGAUUGAACUUUCUGAAACUUUUUUCGAAACUGUAUAAGUGCCAAGAUAUCUCUAGGAUCUUGUUUACUGUACCUGAUUGUAUUAGUGCCAAGAUAUCUCUAGGAUCUUGUUAACUGUACCUGAUUGUAUUAGUGCCAAGAUAUCUCUAGGAUCUUGUUUACUGUACCUGAUCGUAUUAGUGCCAAGAUAUCUCUAGGAUCUUGUUAAAUGUACCUGAUUGUAUUAGUGCCAAGAUAUCUCUAGGAUCUUGUUUACUGUACCUGAUCGUAUUAGUGCCAAGAUAUCUCUAGGAUCUUGUUUACUGUACCUGAUUGUAUUAGUGCCAAGAUAUCUCUAGGAUCUUGUUAAAUGUACCUGAUUGUAUUAGUGCCAAGAUAUCUCUAGGAUCUUGUUUACUGUACCUGAUUGUAUUAGUGCCAAGAUAUCUCUAGGAUCUUGUUAAAUGUACCUGAUUGUAUUAGUGCCAAGAUAUCUCUAGGAUCUUGUUUACUGUACCUGAUUGUAUUAGUGCCAAGAUAUCUCUAGGAUCUUGUUUACUGUACCUGAUUGUAUUAGUGCCAAGAUAUCUCUAGGAUCUUGUUAACUGUACCUGAUUGUAUUAGUGCCAAGAUAUCUCUAGGAUCUUGUUAACUGUACCUGAUUGUAUUAGUGCCAAGAUAUCUCUAGGAUCUUGUUAACUGUACCUGAUUGUAUUAGUGCCAAGAUAUCUCUAGGAUCUUGUUAAAUGUACCUGAUUGUAUUAGUGCCAAGAUAUCUCUGUGAUAUUGUUAACUGUACCUGAUUGUAUUAGUGCCAAGAUAUCUCCAGAUCUUGUUUACUGUACCUGAUUGUAUUAGUGCCGAGAUAUCUCUGUGAUAUUGUUUAGUGUGUCUGGUUAAAUAGACCUCUAGAUACCUAUGGGAUCAUGUUAACUGGACCUAACAGGAAAUGAGCAGAAGUUCUAUUUUCAGUCUAUUUAAUCUAAGUGUAACUAUUUUCAUCAAUUUAUGUCAAUAAAAUUGUAUAAGAUA